GGACAGAAUAACUUUUUGAAAGAUCUACAAUUUGGCAAACAUGUUGUGCACUGUAAGCAAUCUACAUCAGUGGAGUCUGGCUCUCUUUUUGCUUUUAGCUCCACUAACUCUUUAUGGAAGGCCAUUUGAUACAUAUCGGAGCAGAAUACGGAGGUCAGUAAGUCAUGCCCAGCUAAUGCAUGACAAAGGGCGCUCCUUGCAGGAGUUGAAGCGUCGCUUGUGGAUACAGGACCUGUUAGAGAAGGUGCAUACAGCUGGUGAAAGUGAUCCGCACAUGAGCAGGACAUCAAGCCAAACAUACAGUGGAAGUUCUGUCCCUCAAAAGCCCCAGGGAGCUACCAAAGACCUUUCAGAGAGGUUUGGGCUAGAUAGCCCUGUACUACCUCAAGAGACCAACAAGGCUGUGGCAUAUAAGGACCAAACACUAAAGCUGGCCAUCAAGAAGAAGAAAAAGGUGCGCCUUGGCCGACGCAGAGAGAGUGACAAGAAACGACGGAAAACACGGUCAGUCAGAACAGAUGGUCUUGGAUGAAACUCAAUAGAGUUCUGCAUUGACAAUGAAACAAGUUCAAGUGGGCUGAGGUUGAAGACAUUCAAUCUAUGAUACAAGUGACUGCAGAAG